GGCGGCUGCGCGUGGGCGCGCGAGCGGCCGAGGCACACGCGGUCGGCGAGAAGCAGAGCGAGGCGGCAGGCGGCAGUGCAGCUGCGUAGGCCCUGGCAGCUCCGCUGGGAAGGAGGAGGGGGACGAUGACGAAGCGCGUCGAUCCACGACGGCCCCCCUGUGACUGUCCAGGGCGGGGGGAGGGCAAGGGGCACGUGGAAAGGAACGGAACCUCGGGCACUGCAGAGGAGAGGCAUCGCCGCCGCCGCCAUCUGCCGGGAUGCAGGACAAGAAUGCUGGACCCUUCGGCGUCCAGGGUGCAACAGAUCCUUUCAUGCGGGGCGGCGCGGGCGCCUCGACCGAGAGAGGACGGGGAGCGCUGCGCUUUCUCUAAAGGCGCCCCGCUGUUUCAAAAAGCGAUCCGUGCGGAGCGCGCUGCGGCCGUCGUAGCCUCGAGUCCACACAACUGCGUGCACCGUCUUGGGCUAUAUGAAAGCGAGAGGUGGAGGAAAACUGAGCAACGCUGGGACGCCCCCGCUUGGCCUGACAGAUCACGCGGAGGUGCGUCCCGGAGGCCAGAGGAGGGAGAAGGACGAGGAGCAACGGGGCGGAGGGCGCCGAGGACGGGCAGCGGCGAGGACGAGGCAGCAGCGAGAACGAGGCAGCGGCGAGGACGAGAAGGGAGCAGCGAGCCGAGGCGCCGCGCCGCGCCUGCCUGGAGCCCCUGGGGGGGGGGGUAGCUGCACACAGCUAGCGGCGAACAGCGGGUGGGCAUGUUUGUCGGCGGUGAGAGAGGGAGGGGAAAUGAGAAGGGACACGAGAAGGCGAGCAAGAACUCCGGGGCCGUGCACCGUCGCGCCGUCGGCACCCUCCACCUCCCGCCUCAAUCCUGGCCGCGCCCGGACCCCCGCCCGCCGUGCGGCCGCGCCGCGGCGGGGGGCCCCCCCAU